AUGUCAUCCUCUGUUCACUUCAAGUUCAAGUCUCAAAGAGAACCCUCAAGGGUCACUUUUGAUGGCACCGGUAUCUCUGUCUUCGAAUUGAAGCGGGAAAUCAUCAAUCAAAGUAGACUCGGUGACGGGACUGAUUUUGAGCUUUCCAUCUAUAACGAAGAUACUGGCGAAGAAUACGACGAUGACACCAGCGUCAUACCGCGCUCUACAUCUGUCAUUGCCCGAAGACUUCCUGCAUCACGGCCAGGGAAAGGAGGUGCUGCUCGUUACGUGUCCGGGAAGAUGCCGGUUCAUUCCCGCAGUGCCCCUCGCAGCGACCAGUCGGUGUUAAACCGGGCACCCAGUUCCACCCAACCGGCCGGCAAUGGCGUUCAAGAACUGAAUAAUGCCCAGACGGAAGAGGAGAAAAUCAACGCACUUUUUAAUCUUCAGGCGAACCAAUGGCGAGAGCAACAACAAGAGAUGGCCAAUGCUACGCCCGUUCCCUUUGGUCGCGGCAGAGGCAAGCCUCUAAACAUCCCAGACCAUCCCCCUCCGCCAGGGUAUCUUUGUUAUCGCUGUCGCGAGAAGGGCCACUGGAUUCAAGCAUGCCCAACGAAUAAUGACCCGAAGUUUGACGGCAAGUACAGGGUGAAACGGUCGACUGGUAUACCUCGGUCUCUACAAACAAAGGUUGAGAAGCCAGAAUCCCUCCUGCUCGACGGGUCCAGCGAGGACCUCCGCAACACUGGCGUUAUGGUCAAUGCUGAUGGCGACUUUAUCAUUACUAAACCCGAUAAUGCGGCCUGGGAAUUGUAUCAAGAGAAAGUCAAAGCAACCGCAGCCGCUGCAGCUGAAGCGGCAGCAGCAGAACAAAGCAGGGAACUACAAGCCCGUGGGUUAGAGUGCCCGAUUGACAAGCGGAUGUUCUUAGAACCCACAAAAACACCCUGCUGUCACAAAACUUACUGCAAUGACUGUAUAACAAAUGCAUUGAUUGAGAGCGAUUUCGUAUGCCCUGGCUGUGGGACAGAGGGCGUCCUACUUGAUAAUCUCACUGCCGAUGAUGAAGCUGCUUCAAAGAUAAAAGCAUACGAGGCCGAAAAAGCAGAUUCAAAGAAGGAGAAGGAGAAACAGCAGACGCCGCAAGACGACCAGCUCGGCAACAGGGCAUCCGAUCCCAACGGCGACUCCAGGGAAAGAAAAGGCGGUUCGCCGUCGUCGACGACCAAUUCGAAGAAAAGGCCUGCCGAAGAGCCUCCUGUUGAUGCAAUGACUGGCAACUCAACGCCCGACUCGUCUUUGAAGAAACCGAAAUCGGAUGAGAGCCAACCGUCAGCUGAGACAUCGCAACCGCAAACGAAGGAGGACUCAGCGGGCCAUCAGGUACCGCCCUUCAGCCAACAGAUGCCUUUUGGGAUGCCUGGGUUCAUGCCGCCCGUAGGCUUUCCUGGGAUGGCUUUCCCUCCAAAUGGAUUUGGCGAAGGAAUGGGGUUCAUUAACCCCAUGGCAUUCCCUCCCAACGGUUUCCCGCCUAAUAUGGACCCGACCUGGAAUCCAAUGAACAUGAUGAACUUCGAUGCGCUCCAGAACGGGAUGUAUAAUAAUCGCGUUAACGGAGCGGCACUCAAUGGCUUCAGUGGACCCGCUGCGUUCACAGGUAAUGGGGAGCCCUCAAUGAACAUCUUUUCGAUGCCUCAAAUGCCCGGGCCAAUGGCACAGAAUAACAAUGCUGGGUUUGGGCAAGGGGCAGGGGCUGGCAAUUUUUCCAACCAACAGCGAACAACAUUCAGCACACCCUUUUCCCGCGAGGAGGAUUCUCCGUAUUUCCGCCAGCCCGUAAAUCCUCAGCGACAUCAAGCCAGACACCGAAGAGUAAGACCAAGCGAUUAUCGAGAACUCUAA